UUGAGUGGUGAUUUUUAGUAACGCGCGGACCCGCGUGUGUUCAUUACAUAAGGUAGAAGUGUUGUGUGUUUCCCCUGUAGGGGGUUGACGGUCGCGAUGACCGACCGUGGACUGGGGUGGUUCAUGGUAGUUUGUAUAGGAAUAUCGGCAGUUAAUGGGCAAUUUUUGAGCAAUUAUCGGGCUGCAAACCGAACGGGGCUCUAUGGCAGGCCGGUUGACCGAGCUGUUCCCCGGCACAGAAUAUCAGGAGGCUCCUACAGGAGUGGAGACUAUGAGUCCAGAGUGGACUCCCAGGAAGCAAAUAGGAAUAUUCAUAACUAUCCAAACAACGACGAUGACCAGGAGGCAAGCCGGGAAGAGCAAGAUAUAUUCGGUUCGUCCUUCGAGUACGGAGCCUCAGGCGGCUCUAGCGGUGCAAAUAGAGAAGCUGGAAGCUCUGGAGGGUUUCAAGGAUCUCGAUCAAGAACAGGGUACGACGCUUCGGCACGAAGCGAUCCGUUCUUGUCCGGUUUUGAAUCGACCUCAUCCAGAUACGACGCACCUGAAUCAAGAUUCAAUGUGUUCCGCGCCGGCCAAUCAAACAGCAGAUCCUCGUCCAACGGUCCAUGGGGAUCUUACCCCAGCAGCCCUUAUGAAAACAGGCGACCUUAUGUGAGCAGUUAUGAUAUCAUUGAUGCUCCUGGCAGCGCAGUAGGCCCCAGAAACGGAUCAGAAAGAUGUAUUCCCAAAUGCUUCGCUGAAAAGGGAACGCGGGGCUUCCCCGGUUUGCCUGGACACAACGGCGACAAGGGAAUUCGAGGAUUCCCGGGAGAUGAAGGCAUUCCGGGCGAAAAAGGGGACAUAGGAGAAACGGGCCCCCAAGGCCCCAGAGGCCCCAAAGGCGACCGAGGCAAAACCGGUCUUCCAGGAUUCCCGGGAGUGAAUGGCGUUCCGGGCCUUCAAGGCCCGGAGGGCCCUCCCGGAUACCCGGGGAGCGACGGAUGCAAUGGAACGGACGGCUACCCUGGAAAUCCUGGAACUGAUGGCGACAUUGGCCCUAGAGGAUUCCCUGGUCCAUCGGGUGUCAAGGGAGAGAAAGGAGAAGCAGCCCAUUGCGAAAUCAAUCUCAAAGGUCAAAAGGGCGAACCUGGCCGGGACGGCGUGACCGGCCCUCCAGGAAAUCCCGGCCCGCAAGGACCUCGAGGAUUAAUAGGACCAGCUGGAGAAGACGGCCCACGGGGUUUCCCAGGGCCGCAAGGCACCAAAGGACAGAAAGGUCAAAUGGGCAUCGGCUUCUACGGAGAAAAGGGAGACAAAGGAGAGACAGGCCCGGCUGGUCAAAAAGGCCAGGACGUCUCCUCAUUUGUGCACAACGGCACGGUUCAGCUAGGGCCCAAAGGAAAUCAGGGCAUGAAGGGUGAUCGUGGAGAGUUCGGUUUUAUCGGUCCCAAGGGUGAACCUGGACUUGAAGGCGACUACGGUAUUCCUGGAUCAGUGGGCAUGAAAGGGGAAAAGGGACUAGUGGGCGUACCAGGACCUCGAGGCCGUGAUGGAUUCGCUGGACCCCCAGGACCUCCAGGGCAAAAAGGUGAUCGCGGUUUGGAAGGUCUUCCCGGCCUAGCAGGCAGACCGGGAUUGAAAGGCGAACCUGGUCGAGAUGGACCCCCGGGUCAAAUCGGCUUGAACGGACCACCCGGCCCGCCUGGGGGUGGCAAAGGAACCCCCGGCCCGCCAGGCCCACAAGGUCCCAGAGGAUACCCUGGCCCGCAAGGCCCCAAAGGAACGGACGGAUUCCCUGGCGAACCUGGACGACGGGGCCCGCAGGGUCCCAUAGGAGGUCCAGGAGUACCUGGCCGAACCGGUCCUGAAGGCCCCCCAGGAGACAAAGGACAGAAGGGAGAAUUUGGAUCCGUUGGGCAUCCAGGCGGCGAAGGCCCGCGCGGCCAUCCAGGACUACCUGGACCGCAAGGUCCUCGUGGAUUCACCGGAGAAAAGGGAUAUUCGAUAAUUGGUCCCAAAGGAGACGACGGGCUGCCUGGCUCAGACGGCCUGAAAGGAACAAAAGGAGAAAAAGGGUUCCCCGGUUCCCGCGGUUCGCCUGGUGAUUCCUUGAAUGGAAUCCCUGGGGAAAUGGGACCAAUUGGUCCGCCAGGAGAAAAGGGUAAUGCGGGCCGGCCGGGUAUUCCCGGCAAUAGUGGCCAAGGGGGAGAGAAAGGAGACAAAGGAGGCACUUGCCAGGACUGCUUGCCGGGCCUGAAAGGAGACAAAGGAGAUCGGGGUUUCGAUGGGCGCGAUGGAGCCAUUGGGCCCAGAGGCCCACCGGGACCCACUGGAGCGAUGGGCCAACCUGGAACAGAUGGCAAUCCUGGAAUACAAGGCCUUCCUGGAGCACCUGGCAAAGCAGGAAACGAUGGCCCAAUCGGAGCCCCUGGAAACCCCGGUAAACCCGCUAUAAUUCCUGGCAACCUGGUUAAGGGCCCCAAAGGAGAGCCAGGCGUACGAGGAGCAGAAGGUCGACCUGGACCUCCAGGACCCAUCGGCAGGCCUGGCCCUAAGGGCGACAUCGGUCCCUUAGGAUUCCCCGGAGAGAAAGGAUUCCAAGGUUUACCGGGAUACGCAGGCACUCCCGGAGUUGCAGGAUUGAACGGGGUGUCCGGCCAAAAAGGCCAGAAAGGAGACAGUGUAAAAGGAGAACCCGGCCGAAUAGGCGAACCCGGUGAUCAAGGUGAUAAAGGAGAGACCGGUGCCACUGGACUGCCGGGACUCACCGGAGUGUGCGCGGCAAACAUUGUUGCAAAGUUAAAAGGCAAUCAGGGACCAGUGGGGCCCAAAGGUGAAAUAGGGCGCCCAGGAUACCCGGGAGCUCCAGGUCACAAAGGAGAUGCAGGUACUCCCGGGCCCAAAGGAUACCCAGGCGUCGUAGGACCCGCAGGGCCAGUAGGCAGAAGAGGUUUACCCGGUCCAAGAGGAGACAAAGGAAUCGUGGGUCCGAUGGGUUUCCCAGGCGAUCAUGGUAGGGAUGGAGCACGAGGAAUCCCAGGAUUAAAUGGCCCGAAGGGCACCAAAGGAGAAGCAGGAAUCCCUCAAGUUGGACCCUCAGGUCCGCCAGGACCUAUGGGAAUUAAGGGAGAACGAGGAUUACCUGGAUUCCCUGGCAAAACCGGCCCUCAUGGAAGCAACGGCCUUUCGGGGCUAAUGGGAGAGAAAGGCGACAUUGGCAGUCCCGGUCUAAACGGCCUCCCAGGCCCACCAGGUCAAAAAGGAGACACUGGACCUUUGGGGCCGCCAGGGAUUUCCGGCUUGAAUGGACCGCCAGGGCCUCGAGGUCCUAAAGGAGCUCCAGGAUUGAAAGGCGAAUCGGGAAAAUCUGGCCUUCCUGGCUUCCCAGGGUUCAAAGGUGACAAGGGUGAUCUUGGCCGGCCGGGUCUUCCCGGAUAUAAGGGAAACACCGGAAGACCAGGCGCUCCAGGCACACCCGGUUUAGAUGGCCGUGAUGGGCAAAGAGGAGAGAAAGGAGACAAGGGAUAUCCGGGUCCGCCUGGCCCCGUUGGCAUAGUAGGCAUGCCAGGUGAACGUGGAUACCCAGGAGAGCAAGGAGACGAUGGACCCGAAGGUCGAGCAGGCUACCCUGGACCACCAGGUAACACCGGACUGAAAGGAAACCCCGGCUUACCAGGUCUACCAGGCUCCAAAGGAGACCCCGGCGCAGCCUCUGAAAAGGGCCAGAAGGGAGAACCCGGCUUAUCAGGACUCCGAGGACAUGAUGGUCUGAAUGGAGCACCAGGUCCCAUUGGAGAAAAGGGAGAUACAGGCUACCCAGGCCGCAGUUUACCAGGUUUACCCGGCGAAAAAGGAGACCGAGGCAUUCGUGGGUUUGAUGGAAGCCCCGGAACGCCGGGCGCUAAGGGCGACAAAGGAGUCUCAGGACUAUUUGGACUCAAAGGUGACACAGGCCGGCCUGGUGCUCCAGGAGCGCCAGGAAUGGACGGAAAAGACGGACUGCCUGGCUUGCCGGGCGAGAGAGGAUUCCCUGGUGCCCCAGGAUUCAACGGCGAGAAAGGAGACAAAGGCCAGCCGGGCCUGGACGGCUUCAACGGACCUCCAGGCGAGAAAGGCUUUGAAGGCCCCAUUGGCCCUGUUGGGCUGCCGGGCGAAAAAGGAGACUUGGGCGACAGAGGCGCUCCGGGACUACCAGUAUCAAUCAAAGGAGAGAAAGGAGAAAUUGGGCCUGCUGGUCUACACGGCCGCGACGGCGAGAAAGGCGACAGAGGCUUUCCAGGGCCCCCAGGCGCCAUGGGCGUAAAAGGCGACAUUGGACUGCCUGGUCCGAAAGGAGAUAGAGGUUGGCCUGGAUUGGAAGGCAACAAAGGCGAAGUCGGAUUCCCUGGACGUCCCGGAAUACCAGGACUAACCGUUAAGGGAGAGAAGGGUCUUCCCGGUCUUCCUGGUAAAAACGGAAGGGAAGGUGCACCUGGACUUCAAGGAGAAAAAGGAGACAUAGGAUUACCUGGCUUGAAUGGCCGCCCUGGAUUAACAGGACCACCUGGCCCACUUGGUCCGCAAGGUCCUAAAGGUGACAGGGGCUACGACGGACGUCCGGGAGCUUUGGGGCCGCCCGGUCCCCCUGGACGUCCCGGAUUGAAUGGCCUGUCCGGACCCACUGGAGAAAAAGGAGAUCGCGGUCAACCGGGCCUACUGGGAGCGCCGGGCCAAAAAGGAGAUCGAGGUCUCACAGGCCUGCAAGGCCCUCCGGGCAUCAAGGGCGACAAGGGAGACCGUGGCAGAGAUGGCUUCAAUGGACCAAGAGGAGCGCCAGGGCCGCAAGGCCUUAAGGGAGCAGUAGGUGUUCGAGGAGAGGCCGGAGCUAUGGGAGUGGCAGGAGCACAAGGAGAGAAAGGUGACGCCGGACGUCCAGGUAUUCCUGGGCCGAAAGGGAAUCCUGGAAGACCCGGAGAGCCAGGCCCGCCAGGAAUAGACGGCCGUCCAGGCGCUGUGGGCUUGCCCGGAAUAGCGGGAGCGGCUGGAGCGAAGGGAGAACGUGGAUAUGUUGGACCCCCAGGGCUUCCAGGGCGUCCAGGCGAAAARGGAGACCAGGGAAUCGCUGGACUGGCAGGUCUUGAUGGACUAAUGGGAAUCGACGGCGCGAAAGGAGACCGGGGCGAACCUUGCACAGCAGUCUCAGACUAUCUGACUGGAACUUUGUUGGUGCGCCACAGUCAAACCCGAGAAGUUCCCCAAUGCGAACUCGGACACACCAAGCUAUGGGAAGGGUACUCUCUUCUUUAUGUCUCAGGAAACGAAAAACCGCACAGCCAAGACUUGGGAAUGGCCGGCUCUUGUAUCCGAAGAUUCUCAACGAUGCCGUUUGUGUUUUGCGACAUCGACAAUGUCUGCAACUACGCGAACAGAAACGACAAAUCCUACUGGCUGUCGACCAGCGAACCCAUUCCGAUGAUGCCAGUAGAAGAGACGGACAUUCAAAAGUACAUAUCCAGAUGUGUCGUCUGCGAAACACCAGCCAAUGUGAUUGCUGUGCACAGUCAGUCUUUGUCGCUGCCCGAUUGUCCUUAUGGAUGGUCCUCAUUGUGGAUUGGAUACAGUUUUAUCAUGCACACUGGAGCAGGAGCAAAUGGUGGAGGACAAUCCCUAUCGAGUCCCGGUUCCUGCUUGGAGGACUUUAGAGCAUCGCCAUUUAUCGAGUGUAAUGGAGCGCAAGGUCACUGCCACUACUUUUCCAACAUGUUGAGUUUCUGGUUGGCGACCAUCGAACAGAACCAACAGUUCCAGAAGCCUCAGAAACAGACCCUGAAGGCCGGCAAUGUUCGCGACCGAGUGAGCAGAUGCCAAGUCUGUCUCAAGAACACGUAGAAUUCUCGUUAACUUAGACAAUCCGAUUUAUUAAAUAAUUAUUAUCGAAACCACGAGCGAUCCUUGAUUGGGCAACAGCCCGCUAUGGAUGGUUCGCUGUUCGUCAAGCGUGUUCAGCCGAUGAGUGUUCCGUUCAAUUGAAGUACUUGAUUAUCUGUUGUGAUAUGGAUUCGGAUGAUCAAGUACUUUUGAUCACGUCGUGAGUAAAACCCGCUUAUAAAUAACUCUUAAUACUGCCGUGCCAUGUCGUAACAUAAAAUCAUGUAGAUUCCUGUAUAGUAAUUUUAGGUUUAAUUGUAUGUAAGUAUGUAACCUUAAGUAGGUACGAAGUUUCGGGGGUAUAAACGAACACACACCUAUGUCUUUUUUAUAUAUUUACAAAGUUGAUUUUGUGAUGCCACUUUUUUAAUACUGUUUUCUAUUGACCGGUUUGCUUUCCAUCUGAUCGAUAAAUCAAAUAAUAUUUAUGCGUGUUUCUGUAAGGCAGUGAUUUCCCGAUUUCUCCACAAUAAUCAAACUCAAAGUUCACAUUCCCAACGGUUUUUCCACUUGUUUUAGUCUAGUCAACUCCAAUCAAGCGAACACAAUGCCAAAAGUCACUGCGCUAAUUUUUCGUAGCUCUCUUUAGCUUAUUUUUUUCGAGCACUGCCAUUUGUAAUAUUUAUACAUAUUAAUAUACAUUGUUAGUCGAGAAUAUUUGCUCGUUGCUGAUAUAUCCACUGUCUUCUUACACCGCUGUUCGUUGAAAUAAAUGAUUAUUUUUCAUUG